ACUAACACUAAUUAUCAAUUAAUUACUAAAAUCCCCCAACGGUCACAAAACUUUUACUAAUUAGACCCACCAACGUUCAGUCUUCUCCUCUCUGAUUCUUUCCACUAACCGUUAUGAACUCUCUGUAGUCAUCUUGCCCUCAGUUUCAGCUUCUUCUUUCUCUGCAACAAAUCCCCUUUUGAUUUCUUGGUCUUCUGAUUUUCUCGCAAAGUUCUUCUCUUUACAAUGGAACCAGCAAAAAUAGAUUGGAAGAGGGUAGAAUCUAUAUUUGUUGAAGACAAUUUGUAUGAGAAUAUAAAUGCACCUAAAUGGGUUGAUUUCUUGAACUCUGAAGAUGACUCCAUGGAUGAUGAGGCCUGGUUCUGUAGACCUGAUUGUAACCAUCCAAAGACAGCUAAGGAUUUCUUUAGAACAACUCCAACUUCAAAGCUUUUACGCUCAGCUGACAAAUCUAAGAGCCCCUUUGGCAACGGGAAUCUAAGAGAUGCAAAAUUGAAGAGAAGAGUGCAAAGUCAAUGUUCAUUUGCAUAUAGUGAUAGAUCCAAAUUAAAUGAAGAUAGUGAAAACCAGAAUCCAAAUUUAUCAACCCCACCGAAUUAUCAAGCUAAGCUCCUGAAAGCAGCUACCAAGUCAAGCUCUGAAAAGAAGAAACCAGUUGAGGAUACAUUUCAAACAAAUGAGGCACCACGGCUAAAGAGCACGUUGUCGGCCAGGAAUUUGUUUGCAGGGAAGGAUAUACUAGGCCAUAUUAGUGAGUUCUGCAAUGAAUUGAAGAAGAUAGCAAUGAGAGCAAAGGAGAGAGAGUGUGAUGAGAAGUUGAAUGAGAGGGAGAGUAACUUAAAGGAGAAAAAGGAUGUGUUAGUGGUGAAUGGGAAUUCUAGGGAAGCUUUGAGAGAGGUAGAUGUGAAGGAGAAAGAGAAGAAGCCAUUGCUUGAAGCAGGGAAGGAGAAAUCUGAAGCAAUUGAGAAAGGAAGUGUCAAAGAGAUGCAAAGGAGGAAGAAAUUAAAUGAAGAUGCAGAAAACAUUCCAACCCCGCUGAAUAUGGAAAAUGUAAAGCGAAAAGGAGAGGAGCGCUUGUUGCAAAUCCGGACCAAUCCUCCUUCUCCUCAAUGCUUUUCUGCCACUCGUGCACCCACCAAAACAACUCCUUCAAAGGCCUCCAAAUCCAGGCUUAUGGAGAGGGGAAUUCUUCAAGAAGUGAAGCAGAGUAAGGAAGUGGCAAAGGAGGAAACUGAGGACAAAGGCAGAAACUUUUCCAUUGUGGAUGGAAGAGAAACAAGAGCUUUGGAUGUGUUCUGGUUCUUGAAGCCCUGCACAAUGUCCAGCUAAAAUUCAAUCAUUCUUUCAGUUCUUUCAUUCAUUUGCUGUCAAUAAGAGAAACUGUAAUUAAUCAUUCAUUUCUGCAAAUAAAUUGUUGUAUUCUUUACCUAUAUAUUUUAUAACUAAGCCAAAUCAUAAGUGAAGAAAUCAUGAAUUUUUUAAUCUCUUUUGUUUAA